UUCCCUUGUUUCUUCUUACAGACCAGCUUUUCAAGAAGCAUACUUACUUCAUUGCUGUUAGAUGGUAAUCAUAACUCAACUUCUGAUGAAGCUGUUUUAAGAACAGAUGCCCCAGACAGCACAGAUGAUCAGCCAAGGAUACUGCAGGAGAAUACAACCAGUGCCAAGAUAGGAUGGAUAGGCCCCUCACACACUGGAGAGGGCAGAAAAGAAGACGAUCCCAAUGAAGACUGGUGUGCAGUAUGUCAAAAUGGUGGGGAGCUCCUUUGCUGUGAGAAAUGUCCCAAAGUAUUCCAUCUUUCCUGUCAUGUCCCUUCGUUGAUGAGCUUUCCAAGUGGAGAGUGGAUUUGUACAUUCUGUCGGGAUUUGUCUAAGCCAGAAGUUGAAUAUGAUUGUGAUAAACCAACUCAUAACCCUGAAAAAAGAAAACUGGAAGAUACUGUGGGCUUGGCACCAAUAGACCGUAGGAAGUGUGAAAGAUUGCUGCUAUACCUCUACUGUCACGAAAUGAGUCUUGCUUUUCAAGAUCCAGUUCCUCCUACAGUUCCUGAUUACUACAAAAUAAUCAAAAAGCCUAUGGACUUGUCAACCAUCAAGAAAAGACUUCAAGUGAACGAUUCAUUCUACACAAAGCCAGAAGAUUUUGUGGCCGACUUCAGACUGAUUUUCCAAAACUGUGCUGAAUUUAAUGAGCCUGAUUCAGAAGUGGCUGAUGCCGGCAUGAAACUUGAAGCAUACUUUGAAGAACUACUAAAGAGCCUUUAUCCUGGGAGGAAGUUCCCUGUACAAUCUAACUGCCAGAAUGAAAAAGAUAAUCCAGAACUUAGUGAUGACUCAGAUGAUGACAUUGUACAGCCUCGGAAAAAACGUCUUAAAGGAGAAGACCGUCAGUUGCUUAAAUGAGUCGCAUGUGGAACGUUUUGUAAAAACUAAGGAUAUUUAUCACUGACUGUUGUUGAAAGGGGAAGAGUCAUGACUGCUUUGACCUGGAGGUCUGUGGAUAUUUACUCGACUUUCUACCCCUUGUCUGAAACACAAUUCCAGGGGAGAUCCAGAGCAUGCAGAGAGCUUCCUUGAAGUUCCAAACUUGCAGCAUACUUCUGGAACAGCGCAGAAACUGUGAUUUGUAUGAGAUGACAGCUGUUUAACUUUACUUUGAAGAAGAAAAGAAGUUUGUAUAGAAUUGAACUUUAAGAUGUUACAUAGGUUCAACAUAUGGUUUUCUGAGUUUGAAGAAAAUGUGAUCUCACCAGACAUUUAAUUUUACCAAAGGCAUGUGGCUGGCCAUGAUUUGGUUUCUUUGUACUGUAUUUAACACAAGCCAUGAAAACAGAUGUUGUAAUAUUGUUGUCCUACAAUACUGACUGAUACAAUGAAAGUGUAGUUGCUCCUAAAGAAGUUAUUGGUUAAUUUUAAAAUGUGAGGGAGAAUGUAUUAAAAAUAACUUAAAGAAAAAAAGGGAUUUGAGAGUUUUUAAUAGAGGAAGGAAAGGACACGGUGCUUCGUUUUGUACCAUUUUCCCACAGCCAGCAAGAAACAAUGGUAUUCCUAUACAAAAUGUUGUUUAAAAGGUGCCUCACAAGUUUGAUGUACUUCUUUUUAAUGGACUUUAGUAUUAGACGGAAAGUCUCAAGGGAAAAAAAGUUUGCUUGCAACUAUCAAGCUUUUUGGUAAGCUUAGGGAGGGAAAGAAAAGUGUCUUUUCUGUCCACAAGAUCUUAUUCUUUUUCCAAAUUUCUAAAUAUUAUUGUGGGAAUGCAGCCAUUGUUAAAUAAACAAGUGUAAAGGAGGGGGGAGGGCUUUAGAAAAAAAAGAUCUUGUUCCUUGACCCUUUAUCUGUCCUUGUAAAAACCACUAGAAACUGAAGAUAAAUGAUGUUGGAAUUUUCUUUUUUUUCCUGCUUUCCAGAAGUGCUGAUAACAAUGUAGAUGGUUGUUUCUGCAUUCAGCAAUUGCAGAUUUAAAGUACAUGUCUAUGAUUGCUGCAGCUAUUGGCUUAGACUCUUCACGUAUGUCAUCUUAAGUGAAAACUGUCUUUUUUAGGAAGAGCAGACAAUCUCUUGCAUAAAUUGAGCUCUGAUUUGUGCCAGAGAUUUGCAGAUGGAUUUAUGAAGACAUCUGUGUUUACGCAGACCUGCUUUUUACUUGUUAUGUAGCAUUAAUAUGGUGCUGUGGAUAUAGAUCCUUGCAAACCUAAACAGAAGUGCUGCUUGUUCUUUCCUGCUGUGUACAUAUACCCUCAGCAAAAGGCCGCAUCUUUUGCUUUUACCUGCUGGGAAGCUGCUCACCUGCCUUUAUCCCAGAGUGCCCCUGCAUAUUUAAAUGCUGUGGAUAUUUCAGAAAAACACUCAGGUGUGCUUGCAGCUGGCCUUUGACAGUCACUACAGCUUUUGAAGUGCUGUGAUGGUUUGACUGGGUGUUGAGCUUCCUAGAGUAGCAAUUAAUUUAUCCUUCUAAAACUAUUAUUAUUAUUUUUAAUUACCUAAGGGGAGUUUUUUGUAGCAGAAGCUCUACCAUCCCAGAGUUCCAGGAAAAAAUGAGAAGUGAAAGUGAAGGAGCUGAACAGGAUGGUGAGGGAGACCAUUUUAACGUAACAGGCACAAUCACUGUGCUGCAGGAGCACAGAAUUAAGAAAUGAGAGGCUCUGUUGCUGCAACAUCUAAUGUUACAAAAGUCCUGGAUACCCAAGUCAAGUUAACUGUGCUUCCAGAGAAAGCUGAUGAAUGUUUCUCUACACCUAAAGUUGCAAGCACAAGUUUCAUAGAACGCUUGGUGCUGUUAGAGGUGAAGUUUGACACCUAUGUAGCUUCAUCUACAAGUUGUUCUCUCAGUGAGAGAUACUGGAGAGGAAUGUUAAUGUAUUCUUGCAGUCCAGUUGCUGCUCUCUCUGCUUUUGAUUCUCCCCUCAAAACAGUGCAAACUUCUUGAAAUAAUUGUACUGCAGCAGUGGAACAAAUUGAAAAUAGUUUAUUCAGAAAGAACCCCUCCUCACAAGUCACAGUGUGUUUUGCUGGGGAAUGUGGUUAAGAGUAUAAGACUGUUCUGCGGUCUGUUUUUCAUUCAGACAUUUUUCUUCUAGUACUGCAACAGCUUAUAGAAUCAGCAGCACUAGAGAUCAAAAUAGACAUCUCCUGAGAUGGAAAGAAGCUAAAAGGAAUUACCUUACAUCAGUGCAUUUCCCCUCGUCAUUGAGAACCAGUUGUGUGUACAUAAGAAAAAUAUAAAAAGGG